AUGGACAAGUGGGUUGGCGCCCAACAAGAGAAGCUAUCCAGUCUGAAAGUUGUAUAUGGUAUUUUUUUAGUGUUCUCGAAAUGCCCAGCGAGUGACAUGGACACCCCGACCCUCCAUCUGACAGCGGACGUGCCCGCCUACGCCUUGGCCAGGUGCAGGAAUGGUGACAAACCUUUAACGGCCGUAGACGCCGUCAACUGGGCGGUGGAUGGCUCCUUCAGUCAGUCCUACGUCGGCACCAGCUGCCAAUUUUACAAAAAGGAAGGUAUUCGUACCUACACAGUGGACGUUGAAGUUGGCUGGGGAGAACGCGACGCACAGAUUAUACAAGAGCGUAAAAUCCACACCAUCUCGUGUGCCUACGACGCCCACGGCAAGGCAGUUUCUAAGACGGAAACCAUUGCAGAGUGGUUCUUGAAUCCAUGGGAGCAGCAAACUCUACUUGGUGGGAACUCUACGGCUGCCUUCACUUUGAAGGUCAUGGAUGUACUAGGCAAUGAGGUCACAGGAGACCACAUAUCCAUUGGCAGGAAAAUACAACUUGUUGCUUGGGAUAUAACCGGCCGGUUGAAUUCAUUCCGUGCCCUCAGCUGCGCUGCAGUGAAUUCCCAAAGCCGAUAUUACAUACUCAGGGCUGGCUGCGGAGAUGGUUUGAUCUUCCCGAAGACGAUCGGAUUUGAAACUCGAGGCAAUUGUGUGUACAGCCCGUGGUUUGAAGCCUUCAAACUCUCCGGAGGAGACUCUACAAUACGGUUUGAGUGUACAUUCACCGCAUGUGGCCAGAACUGCGACGGGGUAUGA